AUGAUGCGCUGGCUCAGAGGCAGCACGGCGGCAGGAACACCGGGCGCAGAGGAAGGAAUCGGCAAAGAAAAUGUUAUGCCAAUGGUAUCAGACAACCUCCAUGCCGAGGGCGCGGAGGAUGAGGUUGAGACCUCGAAGAAGCCGUUGCGCAACACCCCGCGCCGUGCUGCAGCAAAAUCCAAGAAGAGCGCUCCUGCCAAAGCAUCGCCCGCGAAGGCAGCGACUCCCCUGCGGCGGUCUACGCGCGCGCAAUCGAGAAAGAGCGGGGGCUUCUUCGACGCGGCGCAGGAAGCCACUCCAGACCCGAUGUCAAUCGCCUCGAUCAUAGAUGCACCUCCGACAUCGACAUCGACACCACCACCACCAUCACCACAACAGUGGUUCAGUGUUGCCCAAGAAGAAAGUCUAUUACGACAGAUGGAAAACCUACACAAGAGUGUCGUUGAGUUGAGAAAGAUGGGAGAGCCACAGCACGUCAUCGCUCACACUCAGGAAGACGAGAGUCACGUAUCGGUGGGUGAGAUGGAGGUGCCACAGCAGGUCAUCUCUCACGCUCAUUCGGACGAGACGGCAGCGGGAGGUGAGAAUCGAGAGCCGGCGGUUGAGAUGACUGAGUCUCUGCGAAGUACUGUCGCUCCAGGACAGACUGUCGCUGUACAGGAGACUGCUGCUGUACAGGAGACUACCGUUGCACAAGAGAUCGCUGUUGCACAAGAGACUGCUGCUGUACAGGAGACUGCCACUUCACAAGCGGCACAAGACAGCCACGCGAUUUACUCAGCCACGCCGGCUUUCGAUCAUGCCAGCCAGAACUCGACGCUGCCUGCAGACAACCCAACAAUUUCCUCGGCCGGCAUAUGCUACGUUCCAGCAUCGAUCCGCCCCGGUCACUCUUCAUCGGUGCCUACAGAUACGGAACCUAACAUCACAUUCAUCCCAACCCAAUCGGCAUCCGAGGGACUCCCAUCACAAACCGAGACUGCUCAGACGUCAAUUCCAGCCCCGUCGACCUCGAAUCAAUCGAAUGAGUCCUUUACGAACCAUAGGGCCGUCCGCCCUGGCGGACUCUCUACAAGCAAGUAUGCGGUUGUCCCAGCUGCACCAAUUGAACCCACAGAUCCGCCCAUGCCGUUCUCUGCAUACGCCAACUCAGGCAAACGUCGGCAUGUCGAGGAAGAGAACGAAGGACCAUCGGGCUUUCAGCAUGAGCGUUCAGCAAAACGCGUGCGUACUACGCACAGUCGCGAGUCCGCAGGUGACCGCAGUACGGCACUUCCUCAAAUACUUCCCAGCCCUUAUGACAGAUACGAAUGGGCGCUUAUCAAUGACAACAUGAGGGAUAGUCAGGAUCAAAGCAUGAACUCUGAACCUGAAGAGACGCCAGAACGGUCAGUUGUGGGGCAAGACAUCAUCGAUAGAGAGCCAGUCAUCAAGACUGAACCGACCGAUGAUGCACCAAGUAACCUCGCUGUGAUCCCGCCGGCGCACCACACCCUGCUCACACCAGCUCAGUCCAAUUCACCAAGUAUGGGCCGGACAACGGCAGGACCAACAGCAACGCAGCUUACUGACCCGCAAACUCCUGUCUCAACUCCCGAGUAUAUCGACCUUUUUCGUCUAUGCAUACCACACUCUAGCGUCCGCCAACCGACACUGACCGAGGCUAAUCUUCUGAGAGAGAUUGAAAGAAAAGCGGCCAUAAUUUUGAGUGGCGGGCAGGCGAAAGUCAAUAUCAUAAGCCAGCUUCCAGCCUGGAUGCGCGAGGGCAUGUGUAAGACCCAGAGACGACGGGUGGCUGCCAUUCAGAGGCGCAUCGAGGCAGCGAAAUCAGGUCCUCGUCUCAUUGCCGACGUGAGAAGUUUCAACAACAGGGCAGUCGUAUCUACGCCGGCGCCCAUGAGAGCCGCGCCAGCACCUGUCACGCAACAUUACCAGCAGGCUCCUCCCAUGACCGCAUCAGCAGCACCACCGCAAGUUCAACCCUCAGCACCUCAACAAGCCCGUCAACCCUACGGUCUCGACCCUCUCCAGUACGAAAAGUUUUUCGGUCCAGCUUUAGUAUACAGUGCCCUGGAACAAGUCAACAACAUGCUAGGAGCUCUUGGGGUCAACGUACGCUGUUUCCUCAGUGGCAUGGACACGAUAACUCUAAAGAAAAACCAUGAAAUAGUACUACCUCCGGCUCCGCCAGGCUGCAUGCCUCUUUCACUCGAAAACAUGCCCUACGCUAAAUUGGCCGGUCCGGCUCUGGUGAAUCACGCGUUACACCAGGUCAACGAGAUGAUGAGCUCAUUGUGGCCUGGUCAGUUUGUGUUGCAUGGGAAGGACAUGCUGCUGUUGCAGUCGUAG